AUGAGCUCCUCUAUAUCGAAGUUUAAAACUCAAGUUCCUUCUGUUAUCAAGCAAACAAUGUCAGGCCACCAGUAUUUGCAAAAUGGAAGUCUGUUUUCAGAUGAUGUUGAUGACGAAACAUUUCUCAAAAAUUCCCGAGUCUCACCAAGAGACGAUUUCGUUGAUCAGCGUCAAAUGUAUGAACAAAAGAGGAAAGAAAUUGAAAAUCGUACGUUAGAUUCGUCACAAAGAAGUAUAGGAUUGUUACGUGAAACAGAACAAGUUGGUGUCGCUACAGCAAAUGAACUAGCAAAGCAACGUGAACAAUUGGAGAAAACUAGGAAUCAACUUGAUACCAUUAACACAAGUCUGAAGUUUAGUCAGCGUCAUUUAAACGGAAUCAAAAGCAUGUUUGGCGGAUUAAAAAAUUAUCUUUCGGGAAAACCCGACCAUGAUGCUAAAAUGUCUGCUUCUUCAUCAAACAGCGAAGUGUCCUCUAUUCCAUCACCUACUGCUGACGAACGUUACUCAUCACAUCCAACAACACGUCUUCGCAAUAAUCCAAUCCAACAACAGCAACAACAAGCAUCAGGAAAUUUUAACACUCAACUUGAUCGAAAUCUUGAAGAUAUGUGCGAUAGUUUGUCAAGAUUAAAAGGCUUAGCUGUUGAUCUGAAUCAAGAAAUUGACACGCAGAAUGAUCUGAUUGACGAUAUAAAUUACAAGGUCGAAGAUGUUGAUGUUAAAAUUGGAAAACAAAAUCGUGAAAUGUUCAAAAUUCUUGGUAAAAAAAAAAAAAAAAUAUCAAAACAAAAGGAAGACAAAAUUGAAAAAAUCAAAAUGUUAACUAAUCUAUCUGGUCCAAUUAUUAUGAUAUUGCUGGCAACAAUCAUUUUGUUUGCCACAAUUGUUUUCAUUUUUGGAAAGAGACAAAUCCUGAGAUUUACAUUAAAAUCAAAACACACUUACACUUUACAUGGUAAUAAGAGUGUAAAAAGGGAAAUAGAGAGACGUCUUGAUGUGAUCGAUAAGUUGUAUUAUGAGCCAGAACUUCUUGCGAAAGAUGAUAAAUUCAUUUUAAAACCAGGAACGACUCUUCCACCUUAUUACUAUCGAAUGAAGGCGAUGGACGAUGUUAAACUACUUGAAAAUGAAAUUCCAAUACCAAGAGGAAAACAAACACUUCGUUCAUUCCUUUUAAAUUAUUUAAAUCCGAAUAGUUCUUCACAGAAACUCAUUCACCAAUUUUGUGAUUGUUAUGAAGCAGCAAGACACGAUCCUAGUGAGUUUGGAGAUGAAGAAUAUCAAAAAUAUUAUCAUCUACUUAUGAAAGUUAUCGAUGCUGCCAAAGUGACGAGAAAUACAAAAACAUCGCCAAACAGACGAACGCCAACCAAAAAGACAACUUCAAAGAUGCAACCACUUCUUGAUCCAUCAAGAUUAAAACCACCACCCACGCAAAUGCUCCCCCAAGAAACCAGAAACUCACAAUUGAAUCUUUCAAUUGGAUUGCAACAUCAACAACAACUUGAUGAUGAAAAUGAAAUUCUUAGCAUUUCUCAUAUUCACGACAACGUUCCAAAGAUUGAAAUGUUUCUUCCAUUGGAUUCACCAAUAAAAGAAAAUUCACCAGAAAACAUUGAGAAAUUGAGACAUUUGGAGAAAGAUGAAUGGGCUCAACUGUAUAGUGGACAAUAUCAAGGAGAUAUGGCGAUGAGUUCUGAUGAAAUCAAUGAAUAUCAAUACGGAAGAAAUUCUAAAGUUGGUUUGAUUGCUACAAGAUAUCAAUCGGCUGGUGGUGUCGUUCCCUACACUAUCGUUAAUGAUCAUUUUACUCAAGAACAAAUCGAUUACAUUCAUCUUGGAGUUAAGAAAAUUUCAGAAGUGACAUGCUUGAAAUUUAUUCCUUACAAUCCAAAACUUCACAAUGAUUACGUUAAUGUGACCGGAAAUAGCAGUGGAUGUUUCAGUCAAGUUGGUCGUCGUGGAACUGGUGCGCAAGUUUUAAAUUUGCAGCCAUUUGAUGUUGAAACUGGAUGUUUCCGAUUGUACACAAUCAUUCAUGAGUUUAUACAUGCAAUCGGAUUUUAUCACAUGCAAUCAUCACCUGAUCGAGAUGAUUUCGUUGAGAUAAUGUGGGAUAAGCUUCGAAAUGGAACUGAAAACAAUUUUGCUAUUCAAUCAAAUACCGUUGUGACAAAUCAUGGAGUUGACUACGAUUACGGUUCUGUGAUGCAUUAUCCAGCAACAGCGUUUUCAAUUGACGGAAGUCCAACUAUAAUCGCUAAGAAAGAUUUAGGUGGUGAGGUCAUGGGUCAGCAAACGCGAAUGAGUGACAAAGACAUUUUGAGAAUGAACCGAGCUUAUUGUGAUGACAUAGGAACUUCAUCAACCCCACCUUCAUCCUCGAAACCAGCUCUUGGUCAAGCAAUUAACAGAUUCAUCAUCAACAUUCUCGCGAAUGUCUUCAAUGGAAUGCGUAAUUAAAGAACUUAUGGAGAAAAGAGAAAUGCUAAAAGGAAUAAACUAAAAUGGGUCAUAAUAUGAAUGAUUUAUAUAUUUUUCGUGAUAAGAUAUCAUAACUAAGUUGGGAUUAAAUAUAAAACAUUUUUCAGAGG